AUGAGGAACACAAAAAAUUCAAGUUCUGGGUGUUUCUCCGCCGUUUUCCGCCGGCUUUUUUGUUCGGGGAGUCCUCAAACACAUCCAUCAGACCCCAUUAUAGAGUUAAACGCCGUUGAUAUCAUGGCUAAGGCUCAAGUCCAAGCAUCUGAAAGUGGUCCUGGGAUAGUGGCUAGGCUAAUGGGGCUGGACACAUUGCCUGACAGCAACUGGGUUUGUAGAGCCAAAACUCCAAUUUCAGUUCCUCGGAGCAAGUCAGUCAAUUUCAUGGAUUAUAUGCUGGAUUUUGAUUUAACAAAAGCCACUCAUCGUCGAGUGAAAACGUCGACGUCGUUUCAGGAGCUACCGCAAAGUCCGCAGCUGUUGCAGCACAAUCAAGAAACAAUGUCUGAGCCAAGGAAAUGGAAAUCCCAAAGAGUAAAUGGAUCAAGUGGUAAGAAUGUUAAGCAAAAUGUGAAUGUUAGAGAGAAAGUAUGUUCCAAGAAGAAAAACAAGAAGAUAUCUAAGCUUAAAAACGAGCCAAGGAGAGUUUCUAGUAAACAAUCUUUGAAGUCCAGUGGCUGCAUUGGUGUAAAUUCAAAGGCAAAAACUCCAUUGGAGGAAGUCUCUGUUAAGACGAAGAAAAAAAACCAACGUGCAGUUAAGAAAGUUGAGUAUACUGACAGUAACUCGGAGGGUUCAAGUUCAAGUUUAAGCCCAGUUUCUGUCCUCUAUGUCAAUGAUUUUGAGUCGACGAAAAACGAGGAGACUGCGUGUUUCAUGGAGUUGGUGGAUAGACCUAGCAAAAUGACAGAUGAAGAUAUAAAAUUCUCAAAUUGGAUAACGAAGAAACUUUUCACGUUUGAAGACUAUGAAGAAAUCUGUGUGAAGCUUGAGGAGCAAAUACUUGAUUUAAUGUUGCACCAAGUAGCUGAUGAACUUGUGGGAUUCCACACAUGGAAUGUUUGGAAACAAAAAACAAACUUGGUGGGUACUUUGAGCAAAACCCAGAGUUUUUAUCCUUCAAAUCUACAGCAUGGAGUUAGUGUCAAGUAA